AAGAUGCACGCUGUGAUCAUUUUCUCACAUUCUCAAAGCAUAGUUCAAUCUAUAUUUCUUUCAAGCUUGUUGAAUCAUGGCUCUUCGUGGAAAGCUAGAAGUAGAUAUUGAACUCAAGUCUAAUGCCGACAAGUACUGGCAAACCAUAAGGGAUUCUACAACUAUAUUCCCUAAGGCAUUUCCACAUGACUACAAAAGCAUUGAUGUUCUUGAAGGAGAUGGUAAAGCUCCUGGUUCUGUCCGCCAUUUCCAUUACGCCGAAGGCUCACAGCUUGCGAAAUCGUCGAAAGAGAGGAUCGAGGCGGCUGAUGAUGAAAAGAAGAUAGUAACCUAUUCUAUUGUUGAAGGAGAUCUUCUUCAGUACUACACAAAAUUCUUGGGACAUAUAGCUGUUAUACCCAUUGGAGAAGGAUGUGAGGUGAAAUGGACUGCUGAAUAUGUCAAAACUAAGCAUGAUAUUCCUGAUCCAACUAUUGUCAAAGAUUUUGCUGUCAAGAAUUUCCUUGAGGUGGAUGACUAUAUUCAAACACUUGCAUAGAAGUUCAAUGUAUUUCAUGAAUUCAAGGACAAGCUUGUUUAUUUUAAUAAAAUAAUGUAAUGGGUUAAUAAAAUUGUUGUUGGGUUAUGACUCUGUCCUAUGCUGUUGUUGGGUUAAUAAAUUGUUGUAUUUAAUAUUUCGUAUGUGUGUAGUUAUGAUUCUGUCCUUCAUUGUUGUUGGGUUAAUAAAUUGUUGAACUAUUUCAUCUUUA